AUGAUUGCAGUGGUGCUACUGGUGACCUGCCUCCAGGUCCAACCGAAAGCCCUGUCCCCGGUGGACAUCCUCCGCCGCCUGCAGGGCUGGAGCGUCGACUACGACGCCGUCUCCUCCCACCAUGCGAGAGCGGAGGACUCUCCGUUCAACAAGCCGCUCGUCUCGCCGGCGAGUGGGGAAUACGCGCUGGAGCGCGGGAGCAUACCGCGGGGCGAGGAGAGCCCCAAGCGGGAGGAGCAGAGCCCUCCGCGGGGCGAGAAUCCGGUGAAGGGCUCCGCGAAAGAGAAGGAUGGGGCGCGGGAGAAGGGUCCCGCGAAGAAGGAUGCGGCGCAGGAGAAGAGUCCUAACCCGGACCGGGGGUCCCGGGAGGCGGUCCAGCCGGACCUGUUCACCUCCGGCAGCUCCUUCCCGUUCCUCCCGCGCGCAGGGGAGAGGAGGGUGAUCGUCGACGAAGCCGCCCUCGUCGACCUGCAGGAGAAGCCAGGCGCCUGGGGCAUCUCGGACAUGGAGGACCUCCAGUACCUCAAGAAGUACCUCUCCCACUUCGAUCAGAACUUCGGGGAGAAGAUCAGGAGUCACGUGCCCAGCGAAUGGGGAGAGGAGAAGCGGUCCGACGAGAAGUACACGGCCGAGACGCACGAGCCGUUCCGCGUCGCGCCGCGAUCCGACAACGACACGCUCGUCUUCUACUCCGAUCCGCGGCGUCCGUCCGCGUUCCGCGACGUCGCGGUCCCGCUCGCCGUCUCCUUCGAGGACGACAACAGCGACCUCCCGUAUCAAGAACCGUCUCUAGUCUGCCGGGCUCUGGGUCGCAGCUAUUGCAGCGUGGACGAGGAUCAUCCCAGCGAAAUGCCAUGUCCAUUACGUAAGCGUCGGACCUUCCCGAGGUGA